AUGAAAUUUUAAGUAUUAGAAGAAAGAGUAUUUGAAAAAUAAAGAUUAGAAUUCGGAUCAAGAAAAUUAGUAGCAACUAUUGAUCCUCAUUAAUAAUCAGAAGCACUUUUAAGAAAUUAAGGUUUACUCUCCUAUAAAUUUGAAUAAUUUGCAUAGUUCAAAAAAGGAUUAUUGGUAAGAAAAGAUAUAAAAGAAGUGUUAAGAUAGAAUCCUAUUAUUAAGCAGAUUUUGAAGGUGAAGAAUCUGAAAGGAUUUAAACGGAAAAAUUGA